AGGGGGAAGGGCUGGUUGGGCUGUCGGCGGAGUGGUUUUGCUGAGACACUGGCCGGAUGUGAAGGGUAGAGGGGAGCGAGCUGGUGGUGGCCCGGUUUGGUUUUCACCCUCCUGCCCCUGGAAUGGUUGUGCCCCUGUCUGAGCUACUCCACUCGCCCAAGGUGAUGGCAAGACAUCAUGUGUGGGAAUGGCAUAGACACGGAGGAUCCUGCCUGUAACGGGGGCUGGCACCCACAGUCAUGGAGGAUGAUCCGGCUUCUCCUGCCAGCAAGGCCCCGUCUCCGCUGAGCUGUAUCCGGAUGGUCCAGGCGGGCUGGUCGGAGAAGGAGGAUGGGGCCUGGGAGCAGAGCAGAAGUGUGCAGGAUCCAGCGAUGGUGGGGAGCUCUCCAGGGCGACCCGGAAGUUCUCCCCUUCUUUGCCCACCCAGCCGGUGCCAAGGGAGGCAUAGCCCUGCCACCCCUCAGGACACUGAUGUGACAGACCAGAACCAGAACGGGGGAGAAGAGGAGGUGGUGUCCCCUCUAUGCCGGGAGCUCCUCCAGUCCCCGGUUCCAGGGGAACCACAGCCCCGCAGGCCGUUCCGGCGGAAGCACCGGCUGUACAUGAAGCUGUCCCCUGGCCAGGUCACUGUGUCCCCAAGCCAGGACAGGGGGCAGCCAGCCACUUCCGAGGAGCCAGGGCCCUCCCAGGGCAAAAGGCUGCGGCUGCUGCGAGGCCAAGCCAGCAACUUCCGGAGGAAGAAAAGACCCUUGGAGAAUGGCCAUGAGGCGAGGCCUGGCGACAUAGGGCCAUCCCUUCCACUUCGCCAGUGCAGUGGGGAGGAGGGGCAGGACCCGGCACCAGAGGGGGAGGAGGAGGAGCAGGGCUUGCCGGACUUUGUGCAGCUGAUCGAUGAGCAUGGGAUCUACUCUACAGCCAAGCUAGUGCUGGGCAGCACGGCGGGCGAGCUGGACGAGGGGGUAGUGCUGCCACCGCACCUGAGGCGGGCAGGCUCCCAGCUGGAGAUCCGGGAGGUGAUCGUGGACGACAAGCCCUUCGCAUGCAGCGUGUGCGAGAAGACUUUCAAGCGGGCCUGGGAGCUGUUCAGCCACGAAGUGGUGCACAACGAGGAGCGGCCCUUCCACUGCGACCUCUGCGAGGCCUCUUUCAAGCGCCACUCGGACUUCAAGAGUCACCGGCUGGUGCACACUGAGGAGCGGCCCUUCCACUGCGAGAUGUGUGGCAAGAAGUUCAAGCGCUCGUCCAACCUCCAGGAGCACCGGCGCAUUCACACCGGCGAGCGCCCCUACCAGUGCGCCUGCUGUGACAAGAGCUUCAAGACGCCCUACGAGCUGCAGCGCCACAUGCUCACCCACUGCACUGAGAAGCCCUUCAAAUGCGGCGACUGCGGGAAGGACUUCCCCACCUCCAACUCGCUGCUGCUGCAUCAGCGCCAGCACUGCGACGACAAGCCCCACGUCUGCGGUGUCUGCGGCAAGAAGUUCACUUAUGGCCACAGCCUCAAGGUGCACGAGCGGGUUCACACUGGUGACCGGCCCUUCGUCUGCCCCAUCUGCGGCAAGGGCUUCAAGCAGUCCAACGCCCUCUCCUCGCACGAGCGAGUGCACACCGGUGAGCGCCCCUUCGUCUGCAAGACCUGCGGCAAGGCCUUCAAGCAGUCGUCCUACCUGGUGAUCCACGAGCGCUCGCACACGGGCGAGCGGCCCUACAAGUGCGAGGUGUGCCAGAAGGCCUUCGCCCGGCCCUCGCUGCUACUGCAGCACCACCGGGUGCACAGUGAGGAGCGCCCCUACAAGUGCAGCUUCUGCGACAAGUUCUUCAAGGACCUGGCUUACCUGACAGUGCACGAGAAGGUGCAUACGGGCGAGACCCCCUACAAGUGCAGUGUCUGCGACAAGGGCUUCGCCCACCCCUCCAACCUGCUGCAGCACCAGCGUGUGCACCGCGACGGCUGA